AUGGCUCCAGUGACUUCCAGGGUUGAAUAUAGUCCUGAUAAGAGGACUAGAAUUUAUAUGAAGUACAAAAUGGGAAUUUCUCAGCGGCGUAUCGCAUUUGAAGAAAGAGUGUCACCAGGGUCAGUGUCUGGCAUCAUUCGACGAUAUCCUAUCCAAAAUAAUGCCUCUAGUUGUGGACGGUCAGGACGACCACCAAAGCUUUCCGAUAGGAAUAAAAGGGCUAUUUUCCGAGUCAUUAGGAAAGAUCAUUUUAUUAAAAUGCAAGAUCUUAUUGUUGCCGUUGAUUUAAAUGUCUCUAAACGUACUAUUUUGAGAUGGCUCAAACAUGAAGGCAUCCAUCAUCAACGCGCUCUCCGACGGCCAUUACUAACUCCAACGAUUGCGGAAAAACGCCUAAAUUUUGCAAGAAUGUAUAAAGAUGAACCAGAAAGCUUUUGGAAGCAUUGGAUUUCAAGUGAUGAGUCUACAAUUGCUCGUGGUGAUGGCGAAAAGCAGGAGUGGGUUUUAUGCCCAAAAGGACAACGAUUAGAUAUUCAAUAUGUACAGCCAAAAGGUAAGCCCUCACGUCAUUCUCAGAUGUUCUGGGGUGCAAUUUCCUUUUCCUCUCGAUCGUCUUUAUGGCCGCUUCAUGGAGACCCUACAUCUGCUCGCGGAGGUUCGGGUUCUAUAUUUGUUCAAGAUAACGCACCUACACAUAAAGCUCGAAUUGUUCAGAAUUGGCUGCGUGAAUGGGCCGAACAGAAUGGGGUUACUUUAGUGGAUUUGCCUCCUUAUUCACCUGAUCUUAAUCCAAUUGAGAACAUAUGGAAACUGCUUAAGGAAGAAAUCUGUAAAAGAUUUCCGGAACUAUCACUAUUACCUCAGAAUAAUCAGUCAUUAAAUAAGUUAUGCGAAGCAGCUGUGGAAGUCUGGGAGGAUUUCCAUCAGGACCUCAUAAAUAAGCUAGUCUUAUCAAUGCCCCGAAGACUUCAAGCUGUAGUAGAUGCAAACGGCUGGUACACAAAAUAUUAA